GGACCAAUUGGCGCGAGGGGACCUGGUGUGCAGAUUGGUUGUGAUCGGAGCCAGGGCCUCGUGGACUUCUGCCGAGAGCGGCACCUCCCGGCCCUCGUCUGCGACGCGCUGGCCGUGCCCAUCCGCAGCGGGGCCUGUGACGCCUGCAUCUCCGUCGCCGUUAUCCACCAUUUCGCAACAGCGGAGCGCAGAGUGGCCGCUCUCCAGGAACUCGUUCGACUCCUGAGACCUGGUGGGAGGGCACUCGUUUAUGUCUGGGCGAUGGAGCAAGAGUAUAAGAAGAAGAAAUCCAAGUAUCUUAGAGAAAACAGAAUGAGCCCGCGGAAGGGGGAGGAGAUCCGCCGCGGGACGUCAGGCCCACAGGUGUCUGUGGCGCAGCCGCCUGACCCGGGCCGGCCGGGGCCAGCGAGGGGCCUGUCCUCCCUCAGUGACUUCCAGCAGGGAGAGCGGAAUUCAAGGGACGUUACCAAGUCCCAGCUCCCCGUUCACACUAAUAGGACUUCUUUCCAUUCUCAAGACCUGCUGGUUCCCUGGCACCUUAAGGGCAAACCUGGGAAAGACCAACCUGCUGAGCCGGGCGGUGCGGGAGGGUCCCACGGCCCCAGCCCCGUGUUUCAUCGCUUCUACCACGUGUUCCGUGAGGGGGAGCUGGAAGCCGCCUGCCGGGCUCUGAGUGAUGUCCGCGUGCUGCGAAGCUGCUACGAUCAGGGGAACUGGUGUGUGAUUCUUGAGAAGGUCUGACUGUCUCUGUGACCAUACACAGCGGGGAGAGGCUCGGCUUCGUUUUUUAAAGGAGACUAAAUUUACUGUCUUUUUAAAGAGACAGUGUGUGGAAAAGAACCAGAGGAGAACGCCUGAGAGAAAUUUGGAGGUGGAGACUAGUUAGGACACGUUCGGGCUACUACUACCGCUGACCUCAUUUUAUCUGUAACUGUGGGAACGCUUCUCCUAAAUAGAGGCACAGGGACGGGUUUUAAAAGUGACUGAAGUAGUUUGUGAAGUAUUUGGGAUCCCAGAGUAAGAAUGCACCAUUCUGAAGAUCAAAGUUUUAGUAUAGACUUUACUCAGUGAACUACAUCAUGUAGAAUCUUAGUGAAGCAAUCAUACAGCAUUUUAAUAAAGAAAUAUUCCUGGUCAGUAG